GGCCUGAGUGCCGGGCCCAAGCCGGCUAGCGCAAGGCAGGGAGUUCUGAAGACAGUUGCGCGGCGUGGGGCGCUGAGAGGGCACUACCCGCCCAGGAGCUGCCGCGCCGGCCCGAUUUUCCGCGGCUCUGUAAGGAGUAGCGCUUCGGUAGCCGGGCAGCUGGAGGGGAACCUGAUUUGAGAUCAAUUCUUGGAGAACACGAAGAAGUGUGGUGGUAUGUUCCAGCUGAUAAUAGUAGAACUCUGAAUGUGGAUUCCACUGCAAUGACGCUACCUAUGUCUGAUCCAACUGCAUGGGCCACAGCAAUGAAUAAUCUUGGAAUGGCACCGCUGGGAAUUGCUGGACAACCAAUUUUACCUGACUUUGAUCCUGCUCUUGGAAUGAUGACUGGAAUUCCACCAAUAACUCCAAUGAUGCCUGGCUUGGGAAUAGUGCCUCCUCCAAUUCCACCAGAUAUGCCAGUAGUAAAAGAGAUCAUACACUGUAAAAGUUGCACGCUCUUCCCUCCAAAUCCAAAUCUGCCACCUCCUGCAACCCGAGAACGACCACCAGGAUGCAAAACAGUAUUUGUGGGUGGCCUGCCUGAAAAUGGGACAGAGCAGAUCAUCGUGGAAGUGUUCGAACAGUGUGGAGAGAUCAUUGCUAUUCGGAAGAGCAAAAAGAACUUUUGUCACAUUCGCUUUGCAGAGGAGUACAUGGUAGACAAAGCCCUGUAUCUUUCUGGUUACCGCAUUCGCCUGGGCUCUAGCACUGACAAGAAGGACACAGGCCGGCUCCAUGUUGAUUUUGCACAGGCUCGAGACGACCUGUAUGAAUGGGAAUGCAAACAGCGUAUGCUAGCAAGGGAGGAGCGCCAUCGUAGAAGGAUGGAAGAAGAAAGAUUGCGGCCACCAUCCCCACCCCCAGUGGUCCACUAUUCAGAUCACGAAUGCAGCAUUGUUGCUGAAAAACUAAAAGAUGAUUCCAAAUUCUCAGAAGCCGUGCAGACAUUACUCACCUGGAUUGAGCGAGGAGAGGUGAACCGUCGCAGCGCCAACAACUUCUACUCCAUGAUCCAGUCGGCUAACAGCCACGUCCGCCGCCUGGUGAACGAGAAAGCUGCCCAUGAGAAAGACAUGGAAGAAGCAAAGGAGAAGUUCAAGCAGGCCCUUUCUGGAAUUCUCAUUCAAUUUGAGCAGAUAGUAGCUGUGUACCAUUCCGCCUCCAAACAAAAGGCAUGGGACCACUUCACAAAAGCCCAGCGUAAAAACAUCAGCGUUUGGUGCAAACAAGCUGAGGAAAUUCGCAACAUACAUAAUGAUGAAUUAAUGGGAAUCAGGCGAGAAGAAGAAAUGGAAAUGUCUGAUGAUGAAAUAGAAGAAACAACAGAAACAAAAGAAACUGAGGAAUCAGCCUUAGUAUCACAGACAGAAGCUCUGAAGGAAGAAAAUGACAGCCUCCGAUGGCAGCUUGAUGCCUAUCGGAACGAGGUAGAACUGCUCAAGCAAGAACAAGGCAAAGCCCACAGAGAAGAUGACCCAAACAAGGAACAGCAGCUGAAACUCCUGCAACAAGCCCUGCAAGGAAUGCAACAGCAUCUGCUCAAAGUCCAAGAGGAAUACAAAAGGAAAGAAGCUGAACUUGAAAAGCUCAAAGACGACAAAUUACAGGUGGAAAAAAUGUUGGAAAAUCUUAAAGAAAAGGAAAGCUGUGCUUCUAGACUGUGUGCAUCGAGCCAGGAUAGUGACUACCCUCUUGAGAAGACUCUGAACAGCAGUCCUAUCAAAUCUGAACGUGAAGCACUGCUAGUGGGGAUUAUCUCCACAUUUCUUCAUGUCCACCCAUUUGGAGCAAGCAUUGAAUACAUUUGUUCCUACUUGCACCGUCUAGAUAACAAGAUCUGCACCAGUGAUGUGGAAUGUCUCAUGAGCAGACUCCAGCAUACCUUCAAGCAGGAAAUGACUGGAGUUGGAGCCAGUCUGGAGAAGAGAUGGAAGUUCUGUGGCUUUGAGGGUUUGAAACUGACCUGAAUCCCUUUGCCUGACAACCUGGGAUCCUGAAAAUUAAAUGUGUGUUGGACAAGCUUAGAAAGCGAUUUGUAUUUUCAAUGGUUUUCAAGUGGAAAUUGCUUUAAAUUUGUCAAUUCAUUCCUGGAAUAUCUUGUGAGUUAAAAUAAGGAUCCUAGAGCAGCACCUCGAGCUACAGUCCCUAAAAAGAAAGUGACCCAAACCUCAAGUGCUGUAACUUCCUCCCAUUCUGUCAAUUGGUUGUCUUUUUUUAUUAGUGGUAUUGAAAAAGGCCUGAGGCUAAAGAGUAUUUGAGGUGUUUUCGGUGUCUGUACUACUGUUGUAGACUUUGGUAUUUUUUUAAACACUGUUAACUGAAAUGUGUUGAUGAUUUGUAUGUGAUUUGUGUUUCAAAACUUCCCUUCACGUUAAUGUUGCUACUGGUGAAAGGAAUGAAAGGAGCACUAGGUACUCCUUAACUGGCAUUGUCUUUCCAAUCUCCAGUAGGCCAGUAAAUGAAUAAUACAUUAGUGUCUUCUAGAAGGUGCAUGACCAAGUUCACCUUUUAAAAGACAAAGCAUGGUUUGUGGCUUUUUGCAAAAUUUCUGUGAACCAAAAUUUGACAAAUGUUCCAAAAUUAUUUUCUCUAAUAUAUCAGAUAAAAGGUUUAUUUCAGAAUUUAAAAACAAAUCUAGAUAUAUUUGCAGAAAGCAAGUGUCCAGUAUGUCUGGCAUGUGUACGUGCUAUUCAGAAUCACCUUGUAAAUAGUCUGCUUUUAAAGAAGGGCAUGUUUAGUUUUCUAUGAAUUAAAACACGUGUGCACAUGCACACGUGCACACACACACGAACACACACACAUUAGCAGAAGGGAUUUAUUUUAAUAUGCUUUCCCCUCUGGCCUUCUUACAAAGUCUGUUGGUCUCUUGUCUUCCGUUGUCAGUGUGUUGAAUUACAAACCGUGUACUGCUGUAAAUACUAUGUUUACUUCAUGCUGAAUGUUUGCAAAGAGUUGAUAUGAGUAUUAAUAGAAAAUGCUUGGUAAUGAAUAAAUAAUGGGCCAGGGUGUGUGAGGCUUCCUGCAAAUAGGUCAGCUCCCCCUGGAGUGCUGAUUGCCAGGGACGCCUCCAGUUCUGUGUGCCCGUCAGCAGACUGCAGUGGCAGAAUUUGCGUGGACCAGUCAGGAAGUCCUGCUUGAUGGAAAAGAAAGGGAAAGGAUGAGGAUUUGGGACUAAUAUCCUGAGGCAGAGAUGAUCUUUUCUUUCGUGGUGUUGGUGGUGCUUAUAAUAACACAAGCAUGCCCUCCCUUGAGUCUUGAUUCAAAAUAAGAGAAUGUACUAAGUAAGCAAAGCCAAUGAAGAGUAUUUCAGGAAAAUACUUUGUAAAUGAGAUGUCAGUAGUGUUCAAAGUUGUAUUUUUAAAAGAUAAAUAUUCCUUUUUUAUACCUCA